AUGUCUGCACCCUCCUCCCCGCGUGUCUUUGCCCCCUCAUCCUCCUCCCCGCACAUCUCCCCAGAUCCUGCACCUCCUGCCCACGCAUCUCCCCCACGUCCUGCACCUCCUGCCCACGCAUCUCCCCCUGGU